AUGGCUGAUCCAUUGUCGGAACACCGUCUUUGCAGCUUCAAAGACUCCAUCCUCGACCCUUUGGUCGAUCCACACAAAAGCGCACCGAAUCCAUGUUUCCUUGCCUCAGUCAUCACUGCUGCUCAGGGAAUUCUCGGUUUAUUCUUGUUGAUCCAAAUUGUCCAAGUAAUCACCAACAAUCGCUUCGGGCCCUUCAGGAUUAAAUACUCGUUUGGUAAUGGCUUUUCAUUGAGAAGCGUCGGUGCUUCUCACUUCGUGAGAACAUUUGUGGCCUUGAUCCAGGGCUUGGUUCUUUUCGUUUUGGCUUAUAAAUCAUCCCACGUUGAGGAUGUAUCGGUGAUAUCCCUCUCAGCUUUGGUACUGCUGGCGGUUACCCUCUUCUUGGCUUUACCACUCCACUUUUUGGAAACUACUCGCUCAAUUGUGGGACAUAGCUCCUUGUUCACUUACUGGGCUGCAUCCAUUUUGUUGUUUUCUGUGAUCACCGUUACCGACGUGUUCUCGCCUUACAAAGUGUUCGUUGACAAGAGUGACAAGUCUCUUGUCUUGACUCUCGAGAUCACAUUAGUUAUAUUGUCGACGACUGCCCUAAUUUUGGAGUCCUUUUUUUACCAGCCUUCUGAAGAGCUUCUUGAAUUUUUUGAUUUGAAUGGCUGGAACACAUCCAGUGUAAGAAAUCCUCUUGAACUACUUUUCUUCACUUGGGUCAACCCAAUGAUCAGCGAAAUUCACUCGUCAGAAGAGUUGCGAAAGAAUCAAGUUCCCGCUAUAGAUGCUGGUUUGUCGAACGGUCUUCUCUAUGGGGAAUUCAAAAAGUCGUGGCAGGCUGAAGUAAACCGUGCUACUUGGUGGAGAGACAGGCGUAUCUCGAAAUCGAAGGAGCCCACUGAAGAGGAUAGAAAGGUGAUCACAUCACUUCGUCUUGUGAUUUUCAAGUUGCACUGGUAUAAAACCCUUGUUUCAACUUUGCUUAGUUUGAUUGAGGUGGCAGCUUCCAUCGUGAAGCCGUUUGCGAUUCAAGCAUUCAUCAAAUUCUUCACCUUCUAUGCGCUUAUUCCUGAUCUGGAACACAAGCCGCCGCUCAUUCAAGGAAUUGCCUUGGGGGUUGCAAUUUAUCUUCUCUCCGUUAUCGAAUUCCUUGUAUCUUCCCAAAGCUCCAUUAACUUCACAAGAAUUCGUCUUUCUAUUCGUUCUGCCUUGACAGCCGCCGUGUACGAAAAAGUGUUGAACCUUUCACCUGAGGCACGGCAGGAAAAAACUACCGGAGAGAUUGUGAACCUUGUCUCUAUGGACAUUGCAAAUCUCUCGCUGUGGCUUGAACAGAUCUCCUCGAUUGUUGUAAUCCCAUUGCGUUUACUUCUCACCUUGGCAGCUUUAUACAAACUUCUCGGAAAAUCGUCAUGGGCUGGGCUUCUAGUCAUGUUGGUGUUAUCACCAAUAUCUUCAUUUAUAAGUGCUUCUAUCUCUUCCUUGGUGCAGGCGUUGAUGGUGCAAAAGGAUAAGAGAGUCAAGCUCACUUCCGAGAUUCUCAAUGCAAUCAAGUCCAUUAAGUUUUACGCUUGGGAGAAGCCCAUGCUCGAACGACUUCACGAAAUAAGAAAUGGUCAAGAACUUCAGACUCAGGCUCAGAUCGGUAUCAAAGUGGCUGCUUGCCUGUUGAUUUGGCAAAGUAUCCCAGACUGGGUCAGCGUGGGAGUAUACGGUACCUUUGGAAUCUACAGUAAGGUGACACUCACACCUGACUUGAUAUUUUCGUCCUUAGCAUUGUUCAACAAGCUCCUUUUGCCCAUAGUCUCUAUUCCAUUCCUUGUGAUACAGUUGGGACAAGUGAAAGUCUACCUGCAAAGAGUGGAGUACUUCUUUGGCUUGAGUGAGUUGGAGCAACUGGUGAAGCGCUCAGAAGUAUCUCUUCAGAAGAAAGAUGAAGCCGUUUCUAUCAAAAAUGCCUCAUUUUUCUGGAAAAAGAAGGACGCUGAGAACCCCAGGCCCGAGUCAAAUUUUGCAUUGAAAGAUAUCAACUUCAGCGCCAAGGUGGGCGAGUUAACGUGCUUGGUGGGUAAAGUGGGCUCUGGAAAAACCUCGUUGUUGAAAUCCAUCAUUGGUGAACUUCCAAUUUCUGAGGGGAGUAGCUACCUAAAAGUUGCUGGAAGCGUUGCUUACUGUUCGCAAAAUGCUUGGAUUUUGAAUUCCUCAAUCAAAGGGAAUAUCUUAUUCGGCAAGCGUUUCAACGAGGACUUUUACAAUAAGACUAUCGAUGCUUGCCAAUUGCGCCCUGAUCUUCAGACUCUUCCAAACGGCGAUGCUACAGUAGUUGGUGAUAAAGGAAUUGCACUUUCUGGCGGUCAAAAGGCCCGUUUAUCUUUGGCUAGGGCAGUCUAUGCCAGAGCUGAUAUCUAUUUGCUUGACGAUAUUUUGUCAGCAGUGGACUCCUACGUUGGAAGGAAAAUUAUUGAUGCUGUCUUGUCGUCCAAGGGACUCUUGGCUUCAAGAACGGUGGUUCUUGCUACCAACUCUGUUAAAGUACUUCAAGAAGCAAAUUCGAUUUAUUUUAUCAAAGACGGUUCCAUUACUGAGCAUGGUUCUUUCGCAAGUCUCAAAAGUAAGGGAGGAGAGACAGCACAGCUCAUAAAUGAGUUUUCUGCAAAGGAGAAAAAUGACAAAUUAGCUUCCGAGGCCGACGCCUCUCUUGAUGUGAAACCAGAGUCUCAGCCUCAGACAUUGAAUUCCGAAGUGCUUUCCUCGGUCGACCAAACGGAUGCCCCCAUCACCCCUGAUGUCUUAGAAACCGUAACCAGCUACCAAGAUUUAGAAAGAGCAUCAUUUGAAUCUUUCGAUCAUGAUAUUGAGGACGACGUCCACAAAGAUGUGGCUGAAAAUACCAGUGACGAGAACAAAGCUAAGGGAGGAAUCAACAAAAGCGUCAUUUCCAAGUUGGUGAAGGCCUGCAAAUUUCAAAACGUUGCGUUGUGGUUGGGUUUCAUCAUAUUGGCAAGCUUUCUUGGAAUAGCAAGCAAUUUAAUUUUGAAGCUGUGGUCAGAAAGAAAUUUGAAAGCAGGUUCGAAUGUCCGUCUCCCCUUCUAUCUUUCAUUGUAUGCAUCCUGCGGAGUUCUUCAAACGCUUGCCAGUUUGGUCGCUACCUAUGUCUUGUGGGCUUACUGCAUCAUCAAUUGCUCUAGGUACUUCCACGAUCGACUCGCCCACAAUGUUGUUAGAGCUCCGAUGUCAUUCUUUGAUACCACUCCAAGUGGACGCAUUUUGAACCGCUUUACCGCUGACAUUUCCGUCACAGACAAUGCAGUUGUUGGAUCGCUCGCUGCUUUAAUCCAGCUCUCAGUACUGGCCUUGGUGCAAUUUUUCACUUUGGUGGUCAACUUGCCAAUCAUUUCGAUCGUUCUUUUGAUUCUGGUUAUCCUAUUCAGAGGUUACCGUAAUUGGUAUAUCCCAGCUUCCAGAGAGCUUAAACGUCUUGAAGCCGCUUUGAAAAGCCCCAUUGUGUCCCACUUCCAAGAGUCUAUCGAGGGAGUCGAGACUUUGAGAGCUUACAACGAGAAGGACAGAUUUACACAUCUCGGCAGAAGAAUGUUGGACGAUUCUACAAGAACAUCGUUCGUUGCGCUGAAUGUCAGUAAUUGGUUAUCUGUACGGCUUCUGGCAUUAUCGGCUAAUGUUGUCUUCGUAACCACUUUAUUGUGUUUUCUCUCGUUGUUCACAUCGAAGCCACUUUCUCCUGGUAUGGUUGGUUUCCUUGUGACCUAUUCAGUGUCUUCGACACUGCUUUUGGACACAAUCAUACAGCUUUCGUCCAACGCUGAAGUGAAUUUGGUCGCCGUUGAAAGAAUUCUUGAGUACAUGGAUAUGAAACAAGAAGCUCCCGAAAUCAUUGAGGGCCACAGACCCAAGCGUGAUUGGCCACCUCGGGGAUCUCUUGAAUUUAAAGAGUAUUCCACAAGCUAUAGGCCCGAACUUCCCAGAGUGUUGAAUAACCUCAACCUCACCAUCAAACCAGCUGAGAAAAUUGGAAUUGUCGGUCGUACCGGAGCUGGUAAGAGCUCGCUUGCUCUGGCAAUCUUUCGUAUCAUUGAGGCAAAUGAGGGGGGAAUUUCUAUCGAUGAUAUCGAUACUAGCAAGAUUGGCUUAUAUGACUUGAGAAAGCAACUCAACAUCAUCCCACAAGAUGCUCAUGCAUUUGCCGGAACUGUACGGGAAAACUUAGACCCUUGGGGUAAGUAUGACGAUCAGGAUUUGUGGAGAGUUUUGGAGUUGGCACAUUUGAAGUCACAUUUCGAAAAUACUUUCAACGAUGGUGAUAAACCUGAACAAGAGAGUGAGGGACACCUGGAUGGGCUUGACGUGAAGAUCCUGGAGGGUGGCUCAAAUCUCUCCGGAGGACAAAAGCAGUUAUUGUGCUUAGCUCGUGCUCUUUUGAAGCUGUCUCGAAUUCUUGUACUUGAUGAGGCAACCGCUGCCGUCGAUGUCCAAACGGAUAAGAUUAUUCAAGAGACAAUCAGAAAUGAAUUCAAGGACCAGACCAUUCUCACUAUUGCGCAUCGUUUGGAAACUGUCAUGGAUAGUGACAGAAUAUUAGUGCUUGACAAGGGAGAAGUCAAGGAAUUUGAUCAUCCUCAAAUACUCUUGGACGAUAACUAG